UUGAAAACGGCUUUGUGAAGAUAGGGAGCAGUCGAGCGUCCGAGGAAGAAAAACAUAAUUAAUCAGACAUGGCUCCCAGGAAGAGGACCACCAAACAACGUAAAAAUAACCCCAAGACGGCCAAGCUGGAAGCCUUCCUGGAGGAUUUCGACAGCGAGGUGAAUACCAGACUUGUACAGCUGAAAGAGAAGCUCAACCAGCUGCUGAAAGAUGUUGACAACAGCUACAACAUGGCGCUGAUUAAGCUCCCCAAGGCUGUGAGGCAAACAGUUUGGAUGGAGCACUGCAAGCCUGAGAAACCAGCAUCCCCAGAAGUGGAUAAUUCAAAGAGAGAAGAGGAAGCUGCUAUUGUUAACAGCGUUGUGGCUGAGGACCACGCAGUGCUUCUGAAAUCAGUCAAGAAAACCUCAAAGAAAAAAGGUGGAGCCAAAUCUAGUUCAGAGGAUGAAAACACCCCAGGCGCAAUGAGAAAGGGGAAAGCAACAAGAAAGCCUCCAACGACAUCCAAAAGGGCAAAGAUGCUGUCAGUCAGCAAGCAGAACAGCUCCAUCAGACGAUCGACCAGGAAGCCGCUGGUCACUCCUGCCAGGAGUAUGCUGGAUUCUUCUUUGAUGAUAGGCGCCACCCCCCUUGUCACCCCACGCUUUGACCCAAGGCUUCCUAAGACCCCCGCUGUGAGAGUUCCCCGCCACAAAGAGAGGGUCUAUAGCAUUUCAGUCAACGGCUCCCCCAUCGCAGCAGGAAAUGAGGACAUUGUCAUCAACGUUCCCAUCGGCAACGGAGAGAGCAUUCAGCUAUUGGCCAGUCAGAUGGACUCAGUGGACCUGUCACUCCUGGAUGAAACUGCUCUGAAGAGCAUUCGGCUGCUGCAGAAUCGCCUCACAACCCUCUGUGAGACGUCAGAGUGACUCGGCGGUCUGCUGUUGAUUUGUACAUUGCUUUUAAGAAAUUUUAUCUUUAUUUUAAAGCUUUUUUAAAAGAUGCAACAUACACAGGUUCUGAAGAAAACCAUCUUCUGUCGGUCUUGUACUUGGUUUAGUUUUCUUUAAACCCAACACAUUCACUGAAAUUCUUCAAGUCAACAAAAGCUGACAAAUGUAUAAAUGUUGGUUAAAUGUGUUACGUUACCGUUUACUGCUAUUUUACUCAUUUCCUUUUGUAAGAUAGUUGAGUUAACAGCCUUACUUAUUUCACCUUUCAUUUUUAUAUGGGUAUUUUCUGCUGCCUUUGUAGCAUUAGGCUUAAUCCUUGGGCGAUUUUAGUUCUAUUCCAGUCUUUUAUUCCUGCUGACCGGUCAGACUUCUAGAGUCUGGAUUUUGCUCGUUUUACAAGCCUGUAAAACUGGUAAGAUUAUUGGCAGAGCUGAACUCUGCAAAUGUGUUUUACUGUUCAUUCUUUGUUUUGUAAGUACACUCUAAUCCUACAUUUUAUUGUGUUUAAUGUCCUUAUCGUUGAAUCAGCAAUCCCACCAUGUUUCUAGAAAUCAGAUUGCAGUUACGUUAUUGUGCAAAUAUGAACCUUAUUUACUGUACAUAGAUCCCUCCUCGACUUGCCUGCAAAACUGAUAAAGGAUUUUUACCACAGCUCAAAAUUUGUGUGAUAUGGUUUAUUUGGAAUUAAAAUGCUGUAUAUAUGUUGAUAAGAGUGUGGAUGAGUAGCUUGAUUAAAAUGCUGUAAUUAUGUA